CUCCCUUUCCAUUUCUCUAUAGCUUGAUCUCCACAACCUCAGUUUUUUUCCGUUGAUUUUCCGGCCACAUUUUCCAGCUCUUUGGUCUUUGAAUCUUCUUCCGACCGGGUUCGAGGAAAAUUCAUCUAGGCAUGUUUGGAUAGUGAGAAAAAUUUCAGAGAAAAAGCAAAAUGCCUGUAUCAACUAGGUCCCAAAACGUUAAUCAUCUGCAGAAUGGGUUGGACUCAGAGCAAAAGACAAGUUCUAAAUCAGAUCAAGAAGUUAGUCAUGUGAAUCUUGCACUCAGAAAUCCACACCAUGGCUUGAAAGAGAAAAUGAGAGCUCUGACCCUCUUGUAUGAGCAACAGAAGAAGGCUUCGGCAGCUCUCAGGAACUCAUCCCCAAAACCAGAAGAGAAGAGAUUUUCAACUCACCCUAGUGUCGACCUUCUAACUUCUUGCAAGAAAGACGAGAGAAAAGAGGAAAAAGAAACCCGGAAAUUGAUGAGAGAAAACACCAUACCCACAUUUCCCACCGCAGCUCCCGCAAUGGCGAACUCGAAAAUCACGAGGACGUUUGUUUUGCCUCAGCCGCCUUUAGACGACGCGAAGGAGAACUGGGUGAUGGGUCCUGAUAAAUCGUAGGGUUCGCUUCAUGCGCUACAAGAAAAGGCAAAUACCUCAACCACAGUCGCAAGAAAGCUCUCCAUGGGUACCUUGUCGCAGCAAGCAGAACCUAGAAUAAUUGCUAAUGGGAAUAAAAUUGUGCAAGAAUCAGAGAAAACGGAGACUGUUACUGAGAAAACUAUCGGGGGUCACAGCCGAAUUCUGGUGUUCGUGAGGCUCAGACCCAUGGCCAAGAAGGAGAAAGAAGCUGGUUCCCGGUGUUGCGUGAGGAUCGUGAACAGAAGAGAUGUUUACUUAACUGAGUUUGCAAAUGAACACGAUUAUCUUAGGCUAAAGAGGUUUCGCGGGCGGCAUUUCACUUUCGAUGCUUCCUUUCCCGAUUCCACUUCUCAGCAAGAAGUUUACACUACCACAACGGCUGAGCUUGUGGAAGCAGUCCUGCAAGGAAGGAACGGGUCAGUAUUCUGCUAUGGCGCGACGGGAGCUGGAAAAACUUAUACUAUGCUGGGGACAAUGGAAAAUCCAGGAGUAAUGGUUUUGGCCAUUAGGGAUAUCUUCACAAAAAUUAGACAGAGGAGUUAUGAUGGAAAUCAUUUAGUUCAUCUCUCCUAUCUUGAGGUCUAUAAUGAAACUGUGAGGGAUUUGCUCUCCCCUGGAAGACCUUUAGUCCUCAGAGAAGACAAACAGGGAAUUGUAGCAGCAGGUCUAACACAAUACAGAGCUUACUCCACAGAUGAAGUAAUGGCAUUGCUUCAACGAGGAAACCAGAACAGAACUACUGAACCAACUCGUGCCAAUGAGACAUCUUCGCGCUCCCAUGCUAUUCUGCAGGUUUUGGUUGAAUACCAUGUCAGGGAUGCCAAGAUGAAUGUUGUCAAUAGAGUGGGAAAGCUGUCUCUCAUUGAUCUUGCUGGUUCAGAAAGAGCACUUGCAACUGAUCAAAGAACACUUAGAUCACUAGAGGGUGCCAACAUAAACAGGUCACUGCUUGCCUUGAGUAGCUGCAUCAAUGCCCUUGUAGAGGGUAAGAAGCACAUUCCAUUUCGGAACUCAAAGCUCACACAACUUCUCAAGGACUCGUUGGGGGGAGCUUGUAAUACUGUGAUGAUUGCUAAUAUCAGUCCAAGCAAUCUCUCAUUUGGUGAAACUCAAAAUACCCUGCAUUGGGCUGAUCGAGCCAAGGAAAUUCGAACCAAGCUUCAGGAAUGUGAUGGAAAUGAAGAAGUACCUCAAGUGCCUGAAUCCGGAACUGAUCAGGCCAAGCUACUGCUUGAGUUGCAGAAAGAGAAUCGCGAAUUGCGUGUGCAAUUAGCACGCUUGCAGCAGAAGGUACUGGCCCUCCAGGCACAUUCCUUAGCUGCAAAUUCUCCUACCCCUUCUUCAGUUACAUCGCUCAUGACUCCGCCAUCUACUUCCCAACCAAAUGAGAAAAGAAAAGCUAGAUCCACGUUCUUGGCUGGAACAUGUUUCACACCAGAAUCCAAGAAAAAGGGAGCAGACCAAACUGUUAAACAGCUUCAGCUGACAGUGAAGGCAUUAGAAGCACAGAUUGAGAGAAUGAAGAAGAAUCAUGGUGCAGAGCUAAAGCAGAAAGAUGAUUGUAUUCGUGAGCUUUCCCGGAAGGGUGAGAAGCCACCAGGUAUGGAAGGGGUGAAGAGAGUUGUCACAAGGGCAAGCUUGCGGCCAAAGGAGCCAAGCAAUAGCGAGUUGAAGAGCCCAAGUUAUCGUUUUCGAUCACCAGCCCCAACAGCUAAAAAAAGAAGUUUCUGGGACAUAACAACAGCUAACAGUCCAUCAGUUGCUACAUUGAAUGGAAGAAAAACCAGAAGCCAUGUUAAUUCUGAGGCUUUUGCAGCUCCCUCUAUGCUUCUUCAGCUUGCAUAUCCAUGUUUCUGGUUUGUGUUCUUGUUGGGACCGCACGUUGUAAAUUGCAUAAUGCAGCCAGGUUUUGCCAGUAAAAAGGCUUGAAGAAUUGAAGCAGUAACAUGCCAAGUAGAGGGAUAAAACAAACAAGUUUCCUGAAAUGAACAUGUUUUUCUUCUCAAGUUGGAAUUCAACGGGAAGAGACUGAGCUUCGGGAAGGGAAGAAGAACAUGUUUACAGUUUGUUAAGGUUAUUCUUUUUCAAAUUUGAUUUCUUCCAUUGAUGUUACCAUCAAUCUUCUUAUAAUUGCUCUGUCACAGUUAUGCGGUCUCCAUGUUUGUAGACCCACAAAAAUGCACAUAAGCUUACUUUAGUUUUCGGUUUACAGUUAGAUAUGAUUCAGUCUCUUGUUCUUUCAAAACUUUUCUUAAGAGUUAGCAGGAAGCUACUUCGGAAUGUAUACCUUAGACUCUUUUUUGAAAGGGUGUUAUUGUCGUAUACCUCGAAAGCAUAAUGCCUAUGGA